AAACUGGAGCUUUCUGCGACCACCCGAUUGAAGUAAGCGUGCCACUGAUAGGUGGACUGCUUUAGUGAUCGGCUCUCCGUUCUCACUCCCAAUUAGGAGCGGAGCCCUGAGCACUGAGCAGCAUGAGCAACAUCUACAUCCAGGAGCCUCCCACGAAUGGGAAGGUUUUAUUGAAAACUACAGCUGGAGAUAUUGACAUAGAGUUGUGGUCAAAAGAAGCUCCCAAGGCUUGCAGAAAUUUCAUUCAGCUUUGUUUGGAAGCAUAUUAUGACAACACCAUUUUUCAUAGAGUUGUACCUGGUUUCAUAGUCCAAGGGGGAGAUCCUACUGGCACAGGGACUGGUGGAGAGUCUAUCUAUGGAGCCCCAUUCAAGGAUGAAUUCCACUCACGGUUACGUUUUAAUCGGAGAGGGCUGGUUGCCAUGGCAAAUGCUGGUCCUCAUGAUAAUGGCAGCCAAUUCUUCUUUACACUGGGUCGAGCAGAUGAACUUAACAAUAAGCACACCAUUUUUGGAAAGGUUACAGGGGAUACAGUAUAUAACAUGCUACGGCUAACAGAAGUAGACGUUGAUGAGGAAGAAAGACCACGCAAUCCACAUAAAAUAAGAAGUUGUGAGGUUUUGUUUAAUCCUUUUGAUGACAUCAUUCCCAGAGAAAUAAAAAAGCCAAAAAAAGAGAAACCAGAGGAGGAAGUAAAGAAAUUGAAGCCCAAAGGCACAAAAAAUUUUAGUUUACUUUCAUUUGGAGAGGAAGCUGAAGAAGAAGAGGAGGAAGUAAAUCGAGUUAGUCAGAGCAUGAAGGGAAAAAGCAAAAGUAGUCAUGACUUGCUUAAGGAUGAUCCCCAUCUCAGUUCUGUGCCAGCUGUUGGAAGCGAAAAAGGUGAUGCAGCAGGAGAUUCAGCUAAUGAUGGAGAAUAUGAAGGUGCAGAGCAUGAUGAAUAUAGUGAUGGUGAUGGGAAGAACCUGAUGAGAGAAAGGAUUGCAAAAAAAUUAAAAAAGGACACCGGUGCAAAUGUGAAGUCCACUGGAGAGGGAGAAGUGAAGAAGUUGGUUACCCGCAGUGACGAGCUCCGAAAAGAAGCAAGACAGUUAAAGCGGGAACUGUUAGCAGCAAAACAAAAAAAAGUAGAAAAUGCAACAAAACAAGCAGAAAAAAAAAGUGAAGAAGAAGAAACUGCUCCUGAUGGUGCUGUUGCAGAAUACAGAAGAGAAAAGCAAAAGUAUGAAGCUCUGAGGAAGCAACAGGCAAAGAAGGGAACUUCCCGGGAAGACCAGACCCUGGCGCUGCUGAACCAGUUUAAAUCUAAACUCACUCAAGCAAUUGCUGAAACUCCUGAAAAUGACAUUUCUGAAGCAGAAGUAGAAGAUGAUGAAGGAUGGAUGUCACAUGUACUUCAGUUUGAGGAUAAAAGCAGAAAAGUGAAAGAUGCAAGCAUGCAAGAUUCAGACACAUUCGAAAUCUAUGAUCCUCGGAAUCCAGUGAAUAAGAGAAGACGAGAAGAAAGCAAAAAGCUGAUGAGAGAGAAAAAAGAAAGAAGAUAA